UAUGUACUGCUCUGGAGAACUGAAAAUACCCCUAAGAUUAUUUUAGGUUUUGUUAUUUCCAAAACUCCUGUGGCGAGUGACAUUGUAGUGUUACUGUGAGUGAUAAGUGAUAGAGAAUGAGGAUGCUGGACCAGGACGUUGCUAUGGCAGGAGCCCAAGACACUAUCUACCUGUGUAACUUCCGUGUCUCUGUGGACGGAGAAUGGCUCUGCCUCAAGGAACUGCAAGACGUUGAGUUCAAUCUUCCUGAGAGUUUUCCGGUACCUCUCACACCCUCUCCUGUUGAGCCUCCUCCGAUCAUGCUUGCUCGAGACCCAGUGAUCAUUGAAAGACGUAACCUGGUUAACAUUUCCAAACUGAUUGUAAAGGAGUUGAUUGAGACGUCCCUCAAGUUUGGACGAAUGCUUGACUCUGAUCAUAUGCCUCUACAACACUUCUUCAUAGUCCUGGAACAUGUGCUGAGGCAUGGGCUAAGGCCUAAAAAGGGGUUGUUGGGACCAAAGAAGGAGCUGUGGGAUCUUCUCCAGGUGGUUGAAAAGUUAGCUCCUGAGGCUGCAGACAUCACUACUAGUGUACGAGACCUACCAACUGUUAGAACACACAUGGGACGUGCGAGGGCGUGGUUAAGGCUGGCUCUGAUGCAGAAGAAGUUGUCAGACUAUGUGAAGGUGUUGGUGGAUCAUAGAGACGAUGUGAUGGCAGACUUCUUUGAGCCAGAUGCUCUCAUGAUGAGUGAAGAGGCCAAUGUCAUCGAGGGGCUGUUGACUGGGCUCAACGUCAUUGACUGUAACCUGUGUGUCAAGGAGGAGGACCUGGACUGCCAGCAAGGAGUGAUUGACUUCUCCCUGUACCUACGGUCCAGUCACACCCUCAGUACGGGGGACUUGCCUACUGAUGAGUUGGAUCCUGACAACAUGACUACUGUGCUGGACCAGAAGAACUACAUAGAGGAGCUCAACAGGCACCUCAAUGCAACAGUGGCCAACCUGCAAGCCAAGGUUGAAUCUCUAACCACAACUAAUGCCCUGAUGAAGGAAGACUUGGCCAUUUCUAAAAACAAUCUUCUGCAGCUGAUGGAGGAAAAUUCCAAUCUCAAGGCUGAGCUUAAUGAGAGCCCUCGUAGUGAUCUUGUGCCUGUAAAAAGCAACAGCAGCAACAAUGACAAAGAGAUAGAUAGUCUGAAGGAACAGCUGGAAAAUGAACAGAAACUCAGGCUCGAAACUGAACGAGAACUACAUCUGCAAAUUAGUCUGAAGGCAGAAAUGGAAGUGGCAAUGAAACUCUUGGAGAAGGACAUUCAUGAGAAACAGGACACAAUUAUAUCCUUGAGGCGGCAGCUAGACGAUAUCAAGAUUAUUAACUUGGAGAUGUACAAGAAACUGCAGGAAUGUGAAAGUUCCCUAAAGCACAAAACAGAACUGAUAUCAAAGUUGGAGAGUAAAAGCAUUGCAAUGACUGACACUUUGCAAAAAAUGGAAGAAAAACAAGCUGAGCUGGCUCGGUUGCGCAGUUCUGCUGAGGAGGCAUUACGUCGAGCAGGAGAGGAGAACAUGGUGGCCGAGGAGCGGAGGGGGGAGUUGGAGGGAGAACUGCGGGUAGAGAGGGAGUGGCGACAAUCCUUAGCCAAGGAUCAAGACAAGAUGUCUUCUCUGCAGCAGGAAAUAGCCCAACUGAAGGCAGUGGCAGCUAAAUAUGUAGAGUUGCAAGAGGAGCACUAUCGCCUGGCAGAGCAGUGCAGGGAGCAAGAGAUGACCCUAGAGGAACUAGGAACACAGCUGAGUCAAAGCAAACUGCAGGUCUCAGAACUAAGAGAGGAGGCCUGUGCUACCAGGAGUGUGGCAGACGCCAGCUGGACCUCUGACAAGGAGGUCACCCACUGUAGAGCGUGCAGCAAGGAGUUCAACCUUACCAGGAGAAAGCACCACUGUAGGCACUGUGGGAACAUUUUCUGUAACAGUUGUUCAGACAACUCAAUGCCACUUCCGUCAUCUGCCAAGCCAGUUAGAGUCUGUGACGAAUGUUAUGUCCUACUUGUAGCUCGUAACUCUGUCAUCCACUAGCCCCCACCAUUUACCCCCAUCCAACCACCUUCCCCCUCCCUACACAUCUUAGCCCCGUCCACCAUCUUCGUUGCUUGUGAUAUUUGCUCAAUCAUUGUCAAGAGCUUUGGUCGUUAUUUAAUUAUAGAGAUUUAUUGGCUUCAUGGCAGUGGUUUGUGACAAAAACAUCUAAGCCACAAAUAAUGCUAAAUUGGAAAUAACCAUCCUAUAACUCUUUACCUGUCCAAUGGUAAAAUACCCUGCCUGCAGACUAAGUAAAUUUCCAUUUGCCUGGUUGGAUUUUCACUAAAAUUUGUCCUUAAAAUUGUCAGAUUUAUUCCCUAUUUAAAUCAAAUUAUUGCGUAACUUACAGUACUUGAGUUUACCUACUACAGGGAAGGUAACAUAGCGUUUUUGUUAUUGAAAUGUGUCAUGAGACCUACGGUAAUAGCUUGUUCUCUAUACGAGAAAUUCGCUAAAAGACCUUCAAUAAAAAUAUUUUUUUUGAAAUUGGUGUUUCUCUCAAUGUUUUUUUGUGUUGUUUUUUUUAUUUUACUAAAAUUGUGAUUAAAUAUGUCUGCAUUAAAUAUGUCUGCAAUAAUGUUUUAAGCUAUAUUCUACUCCAAAUGUAGAGAGUUGAAAGUUAAGAAAGUUGAAAAAAAAACAAGAUAAGAGUUGCAAACUAUGACUACAAUUAAGUUAGGUGGAAAAUACUGCCAUGAAGACCAUGACAUAAAAAUAGAAUAUAGUAUAAUGCAUAUAAAUGUUAUAUUUUUAUUAAAGUAAUUUAGUUAUGUACACAAUUUUAAAUAUC